CCUUAAUAAUCAGUUAAUUGCGCCCGCUGCCAUCAGUGUCUUAACAGAAGUAUAAAGCAAAACUUUCACCCGAGUUAGUUAUUUGUCCAACUUUUGAAUAUUGAACGUGUGUUAUCUUUCCAAAAUGAAUCUGGCUAUCAGCUCAGACGAUGCGAACGCGGCAGAUCAUGAAAUGGCUCCUAGAGGAAGAGGUCUGUACCUGGAGUCUUACGGGGUGUCUUUUCCAGUAGAAGAGAGCACGGAGAGGCCGACUUCCUACUACAACGGCCAGCAGAUGACGGACGAGGCGGCCAUGCAGGAGGCGCCACCAUCGCCGUGCAACCCCUUCAUCCUGGUGUCUAACCUUCGCGCUCACCUUUUCGUGGCGCUGGAAAAAAACGCCUGGCUGCAGAAGCGAAUCGAGGAGCUGGAGGAGGAGCGCAACUUUCUGCGCUGCCAGCUGGACCGACUCAUCGUUGGUUCGCGGGGGCACGACGAGUGGCGUGGGGACGUCCAACGCGGCGUGAACUUCCAAGCCGCCAGCCCCUCCGGUCCGUCCUCCCCCAUGACCACCCGUUCAGGGAUGACCCUGAAGCGCCUGCAGGGACCCGCGACUCGGGUCAAGCAGGAGUUUCACCUGGAGGAUGAAAAGUUCUACACGGACGAGGAGUUCCUAGAAGAGGAGGAGGAGGACGGCGAAGAGGAGGAGUCCCCGGCGGAGGCCAAGAAAAAAGGCAGGGGGAGGAACGGGGAGCCCAGAAUGAAGAUGAGGAGGAUCUACCGUAUCACUCACGGCAGGGAACGCCAGAGAGUCAAAGACCCGGAUGGCGUUCUGAUCCGUUACAAGAAGAUCCUCUCCACCUACCAGCGCGUGAGGAGCAUGUCCAGAGCCUUUCAGAUCCACGGAGUGGAUCGCAACACCAUGGCCUCCACCUCCCCCAUCGCCGAGCUCCUGCUGGUGGCGCCGGAGAAGAUGGACGAAGUGGGCGAAUUCGAGGCCCUCAAAGAGAAGCUCCUGGACUACGCCCGCCGCUGCUACAAAAUCAUGGACGAGCGGACGCACGAGGUUGUUCAGAACAUGAAGAAAAGUCACAAGCUGCUUCCCAUCUCCUACCGCUUCAGGAACUGACCUCCACGUACUCUGAUUUUCCACUGCUGACCUCAAGAAAAACGGCAACUUCCGUGCUGCUUUAUUUGUGUAUUUGUAUUCAUCUAUUUUGCAAUGAAAGUUGAGAAGUGACCUCAGUUUUUGGAGAUCUGUUUAUACGUUCAGGUUUUGCACAAUUUGCCGUGUUUGUUUUUUAGCUCCUUCUGUUGAAAUUAUAUUAAAAGUUGGAUUUUCUUUGC